CUUGGGAAGCUACUUUCUCAGCGGUGGAUGCCUUGCUUCUCUUGAAGACUAUUCCAACUAAGAGUGGCCCAUCCACAUGUAGAACUUGCACACUGGGGAGCAAGCUGUAACCCCAGUUGUUCUUUUGUGCCCCCGUUUGGGGGGAAGAUUUGGCAGCUGUGUGGCAAGGCAUGGAUGGAAGCCUGGUUCUUGUAGAGGGGCGUGUGCCCCAUCAGAGAAAUGAUAUGGGAUCCAAAUCUUCUUCUAAGAAAUCUAAAAGGGCUGUUCUUUUUUUCGAGGUGGAGAUCCUGGAUGGCAAGACCCGGGAAAAGCUGUGCUUUCUGGAUAAGGUAGAGCCAAAUGCCACCAUAGCAGAAAUCAAGAACCUCUUCCAUAAAAAUCACCCUCAGUGGUAUCCAGCACGGCAGUCUCUACGACUCGAUCCCAAGGGGAAGUCUCUCAAGGAUGAAGACAUCCUUCAGAACUUGCCUGUGGGCACCACCGCAACCAUAUAUUUCCGAGACUUGGGAGCACAGAUCAGCUGGGUGACAGUCUUCCUCACAGAGUAUGCUGGACCACUACUGAUCUAUUUGCUCUUUUACUUCCGGGUGCCCUUCAUCUAUGGUCGGAAAUAUGACUUCACUUCCAGCAAGUACUCUGUUGUACACCUGGCCUGCAUCUGCCACUCUUUCCACUACAUCAAGCGCCUCCUGGAGACUCUCUUCGUUCAUAGGUUCUCCCAUGGGACGAUGCCCUUGCGUAACAUCUUCAAGAAUUGUACUUACUACUGGGGAUUUGCUGCCUGGAUGGCAUAUUAUAUCAACCACCCUUUGUAUACUCCGCCUGCAUAUGGACAUGAACAAGUAAAACUGGCACUUAUUUUAUUCCUGUUUUGUCAAGUGGGAAAUUUCUCAAUCCAUAUUGCUUUACGAAACCUGCGCCCCGCUGGUUCAAAGACCAGAAAGAUCCCAUAUCCUACCAAGAAUCCUUUUACAUGGCUUUUCUUGUUCAUCUCUUGCCCUAAUUAUACCUAUGAGGUGGGAUCCUGGAUUGGCUUUGCUAUCAUGACUCAGUGCCUUCCAGUGGCUCUGUUCUCCCUGGUUGGAUUUAUCCAAAUGACCAUCUGGGCAAAAGGAAAACACCGAAGUUAUCUGAAGGAGUUCCGGGAUUAUCCGCCACUGCGUUCACCUAUUAUCCCUUUCCUGCUCUGAGCUGGAGGCAGCCACCUCUAGGUCUGGGCUGGCAGGCUUUUUAAAAACCUUGUGAGCAGCUGUUUUUGGAGUCUAAAAGCAGGGUUGUCUCUUGCUGUCUGCACUACGAUCUGAAUGAAACUGUAGGGAUUCCUUGCUUCUGUAGGUUACUUGCCCCGCUUCCCAAUCCUGUCCCCAGUAUCUUCCUCCAUAUCCCAUUCCAGAACAUCUCUGAGCUUGGAAUCCCCCUUUUCCUACAAGAUUGCAUGGAGCCAAAUGCUGCAGCAGAGAAGAAAUAACAAUCAAAUUGUACCAAAAGUGGUGCCACUGAAACAGCUGCCAGGCAUUAUAGUUGCAAGAGCCAAUGCCAAAAACAGAAUCUAGGCUUAGAACCUCACUCAAAGGCAAAAAUUGUUUUCCCACUCUUAUCUACUUCAGAAAACAAGGGCUAGCUCUACUGCUCAAUGACAUUUUGGAGACUUCCUGCCACUUAGCCCUCCCUGGUGUGCCCUCUAAUGCCAGGUUCUGGUAUGGCAUAAACCUGGUUUCCCUUUCUGUAAUGCUUCCCCAUUAAAAAAAUCUGUUAAGAUACUUAAUGAAAUGAGUAGGAACUGAUAAGGACUUCUUGAGGUCGUCUUCAAAUCUUAUAUAGCAUGGCCUUGUGUACCCUUUGGCCCCUUCUCAGCCAAUAGGAACUUGUGUUUGAGGCCUAUAUUUUUAAACCUAUGGAAUAAGUAAUGCCAGUGUUCUUCCAAGGCCAACAGUGCAGUUGUGGCUACCUAUUGUGGUAAACUUGUGUUAUGGUUCUGCAUGAGUUAACAGGACAAAACUGGCAUGAUGCAAGAGCAACUUGGGGUCUUCUAUAGGUUGCCACCACAUAGUCUUAAUCACAAAUGCCUCCCCCUUCCACUAUAGUGAUUUGUGUCUUAGUCACACUGAGCAGCCCUGAUUUCUGAUUCCUGUGCCCAAGUGCAGCAGGAAGUUCUUCUCCAAGUUUUCUCUUCUAUGGGAGAUGGUAAAAUAGAUUCUUUAUCCUUAAAGGGAGAUCAUCAAAAGUGGUCUUUGAAAAGCCUGGCUUUCCUGCAAAGCUUGCUGUCUAUUCCACUGUCAGCCACUUCCAAGCAUUUAGAUCUGGCUUACUUCAGUAUUUGCUGCAGUAUGAUAGGACUAUUGUCGAAAGCUCUAUCUACAACUGCACUGAGAAACUCUUGGAGAAAGGACUGCUUUGAAACAAACCUUUUAGCCAUUUCUUGUUCAUGGAGAAGAAAAGAAAGACCUACAUUCUCGCUAUAAGGAAAAUUAAGUGUUAUAGAAAUGAAGCUUGUCUGACAGUCUUCUUGUCAGGGCUUUCUUUUCUCCUGUUUGUCUUAAUGUUGUUAAGGUUAUGAUCCUACAUGUAGUUGGGAAUCAGCACUACUUACCUCAAUAGGGCUUAUUUCUAAGUAAAUACGCCUAGGAUCAAGUUGAAAGUUUGCAAUAGUCUUAGCGAAUGCUGCAUGUGAGCAGUAAGAUACUGGAAACCUGCUAGGCUCCAUGGCAGCUGUUUAAGAUGAGCCACCUGACUAUCUGUAUGUUUCAUGUGGAACUGUCUUCUUGAAACUAUGCCAAUAAAAAUAAUCCAGCCGC